UUCUAUGACUUGCGAUUAUUGAUGGUACUUCAAUAUUUAUCGUACUAACGUCACUCCCGUUAUAUUCUUUGUAAACUGUACAAUUGUAGAUGACGGUGUGUUGCGAGCCGUUGCAUUGGAUUCGCGGGAGUAUACAAAUUAUGUUCUUCCGAUCUUAAAUUCUUGCAAGUAUUCGCGGGCGGAGCAGUACGGCCUCUCGGUUUCCAGUUGUAGCGUCGUUGAAAACAAAGAACUUUAUCGACAAUUUGAAGAAAAACGAAAAGAUAUGAAAAAACAGGAACACUUUAAAGAUUCUGAUCUUGCCCUGUCUUACGGCUUUCUUCCCGUUUUUUCGGAGAUGGAGGUCGAGUCUGUUUGUAAAAAUGGCUUGGAAGUUGGAAAUUACGAGUUUGGUUGCCUUGGCAACCCUGCCUACGGCAUUUACCUCAGUCGCUUCUCAGAUGUGGUAAAUCCCUUGCCUCCAUCGAAAAUUUAUUCGGGCACGUUUGUCAUUUUCCGGGUUUUAAUGGGUCGGAUCGCUUCGGUUGUCCUUGGAGCUUCUCAGAUGCAACCGCUUCCGUGCUUUGACUGUCAUAUUUGUAAAACUGUUUCGUCUCAGCGGCUUUAUGAUUCUGCUCAAAUGUACCUAUAUGAAUACUGUGAUACGGAUCUCCUCUCAUCGCUGUGCCGGUUCUACCCCGUAGCGGUGAUUCGUUACAAUGGUUUGUUACGCAACAUCCCUCCAAGCUAUACCAUGUGGGUUGGUACGUUUUGUUUCGGCGAAGAGUUCACCUUCGAGGACGCUCAAAUUAAUGUGUUUUCAGCACGAACGAAAUCAUUACGAUUGUAA